CCGGAUUUCCAAGCUAGGCAGCCAAAAGAUAAUAACAGAGGAUUAUUGUUUAUCUGUAGGAACAUCUUUAGGAGCUAUACUUGAAUAAGCAAAUUUCUGUGUAUGCCAGCUGACCAGCCAAUUGAUCAGCAAAAUGAGCAGCGGAGGAACCAUAGAGAGUGGUAAACCUCCAAAGAUUGGCUCUGUGGUGGAGGUGACAGGGAAGGGUCAGCGUGGUACUGUUGCCUACAUCGGCGCCACCCUCUUUGCCUCCGGGAAAUGGGUGGGUGUCAUACUGGAUGAGGCCAAAGGCAAGAACGAUGGCACCGUGCAGGGGAAACGCUACUUCACCUGCGAGGAUAACCAUGGGAUAUUUGUCAGACAGUCCCAGAUCCAGGUGGUGGAAGAUGCCACCUCUCCAGAUGCUCCUGAGUCUGGUGCUACCAAGAUACCCAAACAAAGAGACAUUCCUGAGACUCCCAAAACAACCAAACAGACACCACUGAGCAUUAAAAAGAUGUCUCGUGAGAGCCUCACUGAUGUCAGUGAGGUGGGCCUGUCCCCCCACCAGGGUGCACUGGGGGCCCCGGUCAUGCCUCAGCCCAGCGGGUCGCCAGCAGCAGCAGCAGCAGCAACUCCAGCCCCCACUACAAGCAAGGUGGUUCCUGCCAUAUCCAAGCAGGAGGAGGAGUCACUGCGAGCACAAGUCAAGGACCUGGAGGAGAAGCUGGAGACGCUGAAGAUGAAGCGAACGGAGGACAAAGCCAAGCUGAAGGAGCUCGAGAAACACAAGAUCCAGCUAGAGCAACUUCAGGAGUGGAAGAACAAAAUGCAGGAGCAGCAGGCCGACCUGCAGAAACAACUUAAAGAGGCCAAGAAGGAUGCUCGUGAGGCUCAGGAGGCCAAGGACCGCUACAUGGAGGAGAUGUCAGACACGGCAGACGCCAUCGAGAUGGCCACACUGGACAAAGAGAUGGCUGAAGAACGGGCCGAGUCUCUGCAAGUGGAGGUGGACACACUGAAGGAGAAAGUGGAGGAGCUCUCCAUGGACCUGGAGAUCCUUAGACAUGAGAUUUCAGAGAAAGGAUCAGACGGAGCUGCUUCAAGUUACCAUGUCAAACAGCUGGAGGAGCAGAACAGCAGACUCAAGGAGGCUCUGGUCAGGAUGCGUGACUUGUCUGCAUCGGAGAAACAGGAGCAUGUGAAGCUGCAGAAGCAGAUGGAGAAGAAGAACACUGAGCUGGAGACUCUGAGGACUCAGAAGGAAAAACUGCAGGAGGAGGUUAAGCAUGGGGAGGCCACGAUUGAUGAAUUGAAAGAGCAGGUGGAUGCAGCUCUGGGGUCAGAAGAGAUGGUGGAGACCCUGACGGAGAGGAACCUCGACCUGGAGGAGAAAGUCCGAGAGCUGAGAGAAACCGUGACCGAUUUGGAGGCGAUCAACGAGAUGAAUGAUGAGCUCCAAGAGAACUGCAGGGAGACGGAAAUGGAGCUGAGGGAGCAGUUGGACUUGAGUGGAGCGAAGGUCAGAGAGGCAGAAAAAAAGGUGGAGGCUGCACAGGAGACCGUAGCUGAUUACCAGCAGACCAUCGGCAAAUACAGAGAGCUCACCACCAGCCUACAGGAGACCAACAGAGAGCUGCAGCAGCUGCAGAAUGCCAACGCUGAACAAGUUCAGCAACCUCCUGCAGAGCUGUUUGACUUCAAGAUCAAGUUUGCAGAGACCAAGGCUUAUGCCAAGGCCAUCGAGAUGGAGCUGAGGAAAAUGGAAGUGGCUCAGUCGAACCGACAGGUAUCCCUCCUCACCUCUUUCAUGCCAGACUCCUUCCUCCGUCACGGUGGAGACCAUGACUGCAUACUGGUGCUCCUGCUCGUUCCCAGGCUCAUUUGCAAGGCUGAGCUGAUCAGUAAACAGGCCCAGGAGAAGUUUAACUUGAAUGGGAACCCGGCCCCGGGCACAGGGCUCAGGGGGCCUCCAGGAGAACAGCGCAGCUUUGCCUCAGGGCUGGUGUACUCCCUCAAUCUGCUGCAGGCCACCCUGCACAAAUAUGAACAGGCUCUGAAUGGCUGCAGCGUAGAGGUGUUUAAGCGCAUGGGCACCCUCUGCUCUGAAAUGAGCUUCCAUGAGCGCUCUCUGGAUUAUUUCAUCGACCUGCUGCAUAAAGACCAGCUGGAUGAGACCGUUCAGGUGGAACCUCUGACUAAGGCCAUCAAGUACUACCAGCAACUGUACAGCGUCCAUCUGGCAGAUCACAUUGAGGACUGCACGGUGCAGCUGGGUGACCACAUCAAGUUUACCCAGAGUGCCCUGGACUGCAUGGGAGUGGAGGUCGCUCGUCUGCGGGCGUUCCUGACGGCAGGUCAGGAGAGCUCUGGCCUCUCUGUGCUUCUGAAGGAUCUGGACACUUCCUGCUCUGACAUCAGGCAGUUCUGUAAGAAGAUCCGCCGUCGCAUGCCUGGAACAGACGUAGUCGGGGUGCCAGCGGCUCUCAAUUUUGUGCCACAGGUGUCCGAGACGCUAACGGAGUGCAGACGGCAGCUGACCCGCGUGGUGGCAGUGCUUCAGGAGGUGGCUGCAGCUGGAUCUCAGAUGGUGGCACCGCUGGCCGAGCAGGAGGGAAUCAACGCUCUCAAACUAGAGGAUAUUGCCUGCAAAGCUGUGGAGCAGAUGUACGGCUCUCAUGGCAUUGAGUGUCUGCGUCAGUCCUGCGCCUCUGUCAUCGCUACCAUGAACAAGAUGGCCACAGCUAUGCAGGAAGGAGAGUAUGAUGCAGAGAAGCCUCAGGGCAAGUCUCCUCCAGUAGAAAUGAGAGCAUCCACCGUCAGGGCUGAGAUGACCGACGCUGAGGGUCUAGGAGUUAAACUAGAAGACAGAGAAACGGUCAUAAGAGAGGUCAAGAAGUCCCUCAAGAUCAAGGGUGAAGAGUUGAGUGAGGCCAAUGUCCGUCUGAGCCUGCUGGAGAAGAAGUUGGACACCUCCACCAAAGACGCAGAUGAGCGGGUGGAGAAGAUUCAGACCAAACUGGACGAGAACCUCGCCCUGCUGAAGAAGAAAGAAAAGGAAUUUGAAGAGACGAUGGAUGCUCUUCAGGCUGAUAUCGACCAGCUGGAGGCAGAGAAGGCAGAGCUGAAGCAACGCAUCAAUAACCAAUCAAAGAUGACCAUUGAAGGCCUGAGAGGCCAGGCUGCCUCUGGAAUUGCCUCAGUUGUUCAGGGAUCUGCAGGAGGUUUGCCUCCAUCCCUGGCAGGGACGGUGCAGGUGGUUGACUCCCCUCUCCUCAGGCAGCAGGUUGAAGCUCAGAGACUGGGCAUUAAACACCUCAAGAAUGAGAACAACAGACUUAAGGCAGAGAAGAUGAGAGCCCAGUUGGCUUCCCUGCCUCCACUCUGCCCCCCAAAACUGCCACAGGUGUCCAAAGAAAGCUCCAUGCCACCAGAGGGACUAAACACAGGCAUCUAUCGCAGGACCGACCAGAUGCUGGCAACUCUUCUCAAACUGAGUUCUGAAGUCAAAGUGGUUGACAUUACUGGGAAGACAACAGUGAGUGCCAGUGCCCAGCUGCUGGAGCAGACCGCUCGACUGCAGAGUCUCAGCGACGCUCUGGACAAACUCAAGGGAGAAGUAGCCGAACAUGUGGUCUCAUAUCAGCCUGGUGCGAAGGUGUCUUCUGACUUUGCAACCUUCCCAGUCUCCUCCUUUGUUAAGGCCAAGGAAGAGAAGAAGGGAGGAACAGUGUUUGUAGGUCGCGUUGCCAUUCCCUGCACACACGGACAGGAACAAGUCCACCGUCUCGUCCUAUCACAGCAGCAGUUGCAAAAAGUGCACCGCCUCCUCAUGGUCUGAAACCGUGUACCGUUGGCCUUCAGCCUCAAUUAACACAUCAAGAAAAGCUUCUUUUUUUUUUUUUCCUUCUCCCCUCUUCUUUAUUCUCAUUCCAUCUUCAACAUUCUCUAUUUUGCUUGUCACUACUCUCAGGAAAUUGUAUCCAAUAUUUGCAAAGUUAAGACUAUAGCACUAAUAAAACUGACAGCAGUGGCUUCUCAUUUAUAUAGGCGUCAAACUGAUCUUGAAAAGUCAGAAUGGAUUUCACUCCUGAAUGUCACAUUGUGUAUGAAGGUGUCAUGUUUUCGCCAUUGAAACUUUAUUUGUACGCACCAGUUUUCUCCUCUCUAGGGAAAACUUGCAACAAGCCAUUUAUAAUGUACUUGCACCUAUUCUGUUUUCCCCGACUUUGUAUCUUUUGUAUUGGGUAAUAUUCAGACAAUAAAUUAAACACUUCUCUUCAUUGCAA